AUGCCAAUCUACGAGCUAUUGCUCUUACUGCUGCUUCAUUUUGCUCUCAUAGAGGCAGUUCAUCUCUGUCCUCUUCUGGGACCUAGCUGGCCUGCCCUCACGGAUCUUUCCAGCGACGCCGCUGUCCAGACAGCUUUGAAAAACAUCACUAAAACAAUCGAUGAUGCCAGCAGCGCAGGAAAGUUCUCUGGAGCUUCCUUGUCGUUGGAGGUUUUUGAUACAGGUAGUUCCAACGCCUUGCUUACUUACGCUCACACGGCCAAAGAAAUCAAUACUACCCUUGGCGUAAGCAAGGUUGACGAGAAUACCGUUUUCCGCAUUGGCAGCACUUCUAAAAUGUUUCCCAUGAUUCUGCUUCUGAUUCAAGGAGGGUUCAACUCUCUGCAAGACCCGAUUUCGAAGUACAUUCCCGAGAUUAAGGUGGCUGCUGAUGAGCUUCUGCGGAAUUCCACGAAGAGAGAUAACGGCAUUGACUAUACCAAGUGGAACGAGAUUACAGUUGGAGAGCUAGCGAGCCAUUUGGCAGGUAUCGCUAGAGACUAUGGUAUUCUCGAUCUCACCGAGCAAUCUUCUUUGCUCGAGUCAUUGGGAUUCCCUGCUCUUCCUCCCGCGCAAAUCCGCCCUGCGGCGUGCCAAAUCCUUGCAGCAGGAAGCGCUAACCCAGUUGUUCCCACAUCUUCCACACCGAUCUACUCUAAUGCAGGUUUCCAAGUCCUCGGAUACGUUGUCGAGGCCCUUGCUGGCGGCGAAGACUUUGAAAAGGUCUUUGAAAAGAAAAUAACCAAGCCGCUAAGCAUGUCUCACACGUUCUAUACUACACCCAAUUCGUCUCUUGGUGUGAUUCCUUCCUACCAGGGUGAAUACUGGUGGGAUUUCGACAUUGGCGAAGAAGCACCUGCAGGUGGUAUCUUCUCAUCUGCAAAGGACAUGUCUACUUUUGGUCGGGCCAUUCUCAACAGCACUCUUCUCCCGCGAUCAACCACGAGACGGUGGUUGAAGCCACUCUCCCAUACAUCAUCCCUUGACUACGCCGUUGGCGCACCCUGGGAAAUUAUUUCAUUCGGUAAUGAGCGUCCUAUUGAUCUCUACACCAAGUCUGGAGACAUAGGAACAUACUCCUGUGUGCUGUCUCUGGACCCUGAUCAUAAAGCUGGCUUUGUGCUCCUCGGGGCUGGAAACAACACCCACGAAUCCCUAGCUCUCGCAUCCGAUCUUGUCUCCAAGAGUCUGCUACCUGCGCUUGAACAGGCCGCCAAGAACCAGGCCCACGCCCGUUUUGCAGGAACAUAUGCCUUGGGUACCGGAAAUUCCUCUAUCACCAUCACUACAGAUGAUGGCCCCGCUCUGGUCGUCACGAGUUGGGUUAAUAAUGGCACUAACAUGUUCCCGAGUUACAUGGCCUUACAUGGGAUCACUGAUCCAUCCAUGCUUGACAUUCGCCUGUAUCCUACGGGACUUGAGAGUCCAGGACAACUUUCCUUCCGGGCCGUUAUCCCGCCACCAUUGCCGUCCGGCAUUGGGCCAUUUACCUCGUCAUGUAUAACCUGGGUGACUGUAGACUCACAAGUCUACGGCAAUGUGGGGAUUGACGAGUUCGUAUUCAAUUUGGAUGGGAAAGGCAAUGCAGUUAGCGUCUCUCCGAGAGCGCUGCGUACGGUUCUAUCGAAGACCAAAUAG